AUCAAUCGAUACAGCAAUGACCCUCAACGAGGUGGCUGUUGCAACGCUCAUGGCUGGAGAUUAUGGUCCGGCUAGGAAGCUCCUAGUAUAGCUUUUCGGCAAUGGCUUGUUCGAGUGUCACGAGAGGAAGAUAUUCCAAGUCCGCGCAGACAUUUGAUGUGUGGGAUCGUCGUAUUAUGAGGCCUAAGGUCGGUCGCAAUCAGGAAUCUGCAGCAUCUUUACUACGGGUGCUGCCUCAUUUUAACAUCGUCACUUAUCCACGUCUAAGCACUCGGAAGUUCGACAAUAUCACGAACCCGAGCCAAGGUGGACAUGGACAAGGACAACGAAGAAAAAUUUUCACGAUGCUCGUUUCUGACUUGCUGUCACUCUAUCAAGAAACGACUGCUCAAAUCUUCAGGAACCCAAAGUUUACGCCAAUCUAUGCAUGCUGCAAGGCACUGGCACGGAAUCGGCGGGUGACAAUGAGUGGUGUUGGACUCUCGACCAUGCGCAUGCGAUGCAUGGAGAUCAAACACAAGUCAGCACAUCCUGGCUGCCGAGCCAAUCUUCAAUCUUUUCUUAGACUUACUUUUGCCAAUCUCUUGUAAGCAACCGGGCAAAGGGAAUUGCGAAUUCUGCUUGAUGCACGCGACGAGCGUUGAUCGAGCAAGAGCAAAGCAUGAGUGGCGGUCUGGAUGCAGCCGUACUACAUUUCCCUCAACAUAAAGCGUUGAGCCAAUGGAGGUGUAGUCCACUUCCAUCAAGUAGCAUGAUGUACGCCUUCCUUGUCCACAUGGGUACCUCAUCUGCACAUGGGGCCAAGUGACUCCUGGGCAAUGAGGCUCAAUGGUUUUCCAGAAACCUUUCCGCUUUGGCAGGCAAGAACACCCCGUUCUUUCUCAACAGGUCUUCACUCCCUGGCUCGGA